GCCAAGCAAGUGAGAUGGUCGCUCCCGAUUUCUACUGUAUCCAUUUAUUGAAGCCAACUCAGGGGUUUUGGGGGCCGUACUCAUUCCGCCAUAGUCUUGACUGUGCGCUUUGAGCAAGCGCACUCUGGGAUCUGGGAAUGGUGUACGUCUUCUACGUCGGAACCUGGACUGGCGAGCGGCCCAAGAAUGGGCUGCAGUAUUUCGCACAGUCGGGCCUCGUGAUACGAAGAACUGGCAACACGGUCCUUAUGAGGUUUUCCGACGGGGAGGAGAAGUGGACGAAAAACUGGUCUCAAGUAGAACCGCCAUUGCCCGGCGGAUUUCGGCAGUCACGGAAAAUACGUCACGCGAACCUGAGUUCUACAGAGCCAACGCACCACACGGGGCAUCAAUUGGAAGGGGAGGUUUUCUACACAGGAACCGUGGUGAACAAAUGGUCAGGAGCUUCAUACUUUGGUCAGCCAGCUAAAGUUGAAAGCUUCAUGAAGGAUUCUGCCGCGAUCCGCAUUCGCUUCAGCGAUGACUCGUUGAGAACCACCUGCAACGUGUCCAGGCGCCCGCCCAAGCUCUGGGAAUCUAACUUCCGGAUUGGAGAUGAACUCUAUUACUCUGGCUCCUGGCACGAAUACUUCGGCAAGCGUGCCAAGAUCACGGCGCUGCUUCCGGAGACGCCGCGCGGAGUGCGGAUCGAGUUCAGAGAUGGUACGGCCCGGAACACCACAAUCCAGAGGUUGCAGGAGGCCAAGCCCUUGCGCACAGAGACCUUCCAGCCACCAGAACGGGUGAAGUUGAAGCAGUUAGUGAAUGGUUUGGCCAUGGGCAUGGCGCAGAUGAGAAUCUCAGCCGAUGACUUUAUGCACAGGAUUGCCCUCCGCGACAUCUUCUACACCCAGGACUCCAUCAAGCGCUUCUUUCAAGAUGGACGUCCGCUGGAAAAAAUGGAGGCAGAGCUGCGGUAUGGCGUGAAGGAUGUGACCGACAUCCCAUGCAUCACCGUGGUGCCACAUAUGGGGCGAAUGUUUUCCGUGGACAAUCGGCGAUUGUGGGUGUUCAAGAAGGUGUUUCCAGCAUCUCAGAAGGUACCAGUGCAGAUCGGCGAUCAAGACACUCGCUUUUGGAACAAGUUGACGACCCAGAACCAUGGUGCUGAAAUACGCAUCAGAUGAACCAAGAUGCUACUGGCCAUGGUUCUGGGCAAAUUUUCUGGGCAUGCGGCAAGCUUAUCCAUGAAGGUUCCUUUGAUAGAAUUGCCCGCUUCUUGGGUGACAAACUACAAUUUGCCCAGGACGACCUGAGAGGUUUCCAACCUGAGCAGCGGUGGUCCAAGAGGGAAUUAGAGCCAAGAGUGCAUCUGCUUCCCACUUGGACAUGGCCUGACAGAGUUGCGCCCCACAACUUGUUGC